AUGAAGUUUAACAAGGCCAAGUGCAAGUAUUUAACCAGGCGCAUCCCUCAGAAUCCCAGAUACCAACAUAUAAAAACCCGCCUCAAUACUGGAAACAGUUUAACAAAAUACACUGAGAAGUUGGAAGAGAUCAAAAGAAAUUACAGAUAUAAAAAGGAUGAGCUGUUUAAAAGACUGAAAGUGACUACUUUUGCCCAGUUGGUCAUCCAGGUUGCCUCUCUAUCUGAUGAAACCUUAGAAGUGACAAAUGAGGAGAUCCGCAAGCUGGAAGAUGAUGAUUCUGCUGCUCCAGAUGCAGAUGCUGAACUCACGGCAGGGACAAAUGGGAAAGGAAGCCCCGAUGGGACACCUAGUCCAGUCCUGUUCAUAAACAACACGGGAGCUGGGGAAUCCUAUCGGUCCACGCUGCAAAGUGUGAUAAGUGGCGUUGGUGAACUGGAUAUAGAAAAGGACGCUCCAAAGAAAGUGGAUGCUCAGGCUAAAGACAUGCCUUACCCCGACUGCCCUUUCCUGCUUUUGGACGUACGAGACCGAGAUGCAUACGACCAAUGUCACAUCAUUGGAGCUUAUUCCUACCCUAUUGCAACGCUGUCUAGAACCAUGAACCCGUAUACAAAUAGUAUUCUGGAAUAUAAAAACGCACAUGGAAAAAUUAUCAUUUUGUAUGACAAUGAUGAGAGGUUAGCCAGCCAGGCUGCGACAACCAUGUGUGAGAGGGGCUUUGAGAACUUGUUCAUGUUAUCUGGAGGCCUGAAGGUCCUUGCACAGAAGAUCCCAGAAGGACUGAUCACCGGCUCGCUCCCUGUGUCCUGCCAGGUGGCAGCUCCCACCGGAUCUGCCCGAAAAAAGACCUCUCCCAGAGUGCCACCCGCACGUGCUGAGAAUAAAUGGAGAUUUUCUGCAGAUGAUCUACAAAAGAUAAAGUACUACCUGGAAGAGGAGCACAUUCCUUCAGACGCUGCCAGCCGUCUUAGCCAUGGUUCUUCAGGCCGCGAUUCCAAGGUGACAACUGUGAGGAGCAGCCCCAGUCUCCCCAGCACCGCUGGCAACGUGGGAUCCCUCACUGCCCGCUCGCUCAGCAGGAGCAGCCUCCAGAACAGGCCAUGGAAAUAAGCAGCAGUGUCUUCUGAAUAAAUGAAUAUCCAGGUUC